AAUAUGUUCGAGACGUAUCGUUGUAGUGUUGGCAGUUGCAGGUGGGGACAAACAGGCACUGGAGAGUUUCCCAUGUUACUUCCCAAAAGUCAACAUAUCAAAGCAGCCUCUUUGACCCCCAAACCCAAGAGAAAGAAAGAAUCCAACUUUCAUGGCCGCCAGAAUCAAUCACUCAGUUUCGCACCACCAAAAGACCUCAAAUUCUCCAAAACCCAUAUCUCCCGAUUUCACCAAUGGUGAACCUUCGUUUCCUCUUCUUUCUUCUUUCUCCUCUACUCUUCUCAACCUGCGUUGUUGUUGCUCAAUCUCCGUCUCCGUCACCAACUUGUCCUUUAGAUUUCUCACAUGUCCUGUCAAUCCCAUGGAACACAACUGAUUGUCUAAGCUACGACAGAUCAGUCAACAGCAAGACCAGUUGCUGUCAAUCUAUCUUAACCCUAAUCGGAAUCCCUCUAGCUCGUCGUCUCAAACAAACAUCCAACUUCCGUCUCCCUAAUCUCGCUACUUCCGUCUCUUGUAUCAACAACCUCCAGACGAAGCUCGACGCGCUCUCUCUAUCUUCGAAUCUCACUUCCCUCUGCUUCGAUCCGAACCAAUUCGUCAUCACUAACGACACCUGUGCAGGAAUCCAAACGACUCAAGAUUGGGUCUCUCGUCUCGGUCCGAGGUCGGCGCUUGACUCCUCCUGUAGCAGUGGUCUCACCGAUCUCUCCCGAUGCGACGCUUGUGUGGCGGCUGGGUUUAAGGUUCAGAAACAGCUCAUCGGUCUUGAUGGUAAUACCUCUCACGGUCUCGGUUGUUACCAUUUCGCUGUUCUUUACGCUGCUGGUAUCGUUAAUGGGAAAGGACCUGAGGGUGAUGAUGCUCUCUCUUGUCUCUUCUCUUUGAGCUUGACAUCUCCGUUGAUCCAAAAGAAGAAGAAACACACGGUGGCUAUUGUCUUAGGGGUAACCGGAUUUAUCUUCGGAGCUCUGGUUAUUGCCGGUUUUGUUUGUUUGUAUUUCCGGUUUGUUAAAAAGGGAGAAACUGGUUGGGAGGAUCAAGAGUCUCGACCGAGAUGGAGACCAAACACUGGCUCAAUCUGGUUCAAAAUCGAGGAGCUUGAGAAGGCAACUAACAAUUUCUCUCAGAAAAAUUUCAUCGGUCGAGGCGGGUUUGGUUUUGUUUACAAAGGUGUUUUACCGGAUGGUUCGGUUAUCGCGGUUAAGAAAGUGAUAGAAUCUGAGUUUCAAGGGGAUGCUGAGUUUCGUAACGAGGUUGAGAUCAUUAGCAAUUUGAAACAUAGGAAUCUUGUUCCGCUUAGAGGUUGUAGUAUGGUUGAUGAUGAUAGUCAGAGUCAGAGAUGUCUUGUUUACGACUACAUGUCUAAUGGAAACCUCGAUGAUCAUUUGUUUCCUCGGGGAGAGACUCAGAAGAUAAUACCAUUGAGCUGGCCUCAGAGGAAGAGUAUCAUUUUGGAUGUAGCCAAAGGUUUGGCUUAUUUGCAUUACGGUGUGAAACCAGCGAUUUACCACCGUGAUAUCAAAGGUACUAACAUAUUGUUAGAUGUAGAUAUGGGAGCGAGGGUAGCUGAUUUUGGUUUAGCUAAACAGAGUAGAGAAGGUGAGUCUCAUCUCACUACUAGAGUGGCGGGAACACACGGUUACUUGGCUCCUGAGUACGCGCUUUAUGGUCAGUUAACCGAGAAAAGCGAUGUGUAUAGCUUUGGUGUUGUUGUAUUGGAGAUAAUGUGUGGAAGGAAAGCUCUUGAUAUGUCUACUUCCGGAUCACCAAACACGUUUCUGAUCACGGAUUGGGCUUGGUCUUUGGUUAAAGCUGGGAAAACAGAGGACGCUCUUGACCUGUCUUUGUUGAGAGACGAAGGCUCAGGGAUGUCGAAUCCGAAAGGGAUAAUGGAGAGAUUCUUGCAAGUUGGGAUUUUGUGUGCUCAUGUAUUGGUUGCUUUAAGGCCAACAAUAUUGGAUGCAUUGAAAAUGCUUGAAGGAGAUAUCGAGGUUCCUCCAAUUCCGGAUCGACCAGUCCCGCUCACGCAUCCUUCAUACCGAAUGGAUGGUAACGGUUUCACUAUAUCGCCUACGCUUAGCGGUAUACAAAUACAUUCCGGAGAUAUGCUUCGAUGAAAAAAAACUAGGCUCAUGUGUGAAAGUGUCUAUUUUUGUUUUUGUAAAUAACUUUGGAAUGCAAGGAUCACAAUUUUUUUUAA